GACGACAGAGGUUUGACAGGUACACUCCGAGUACUUUACCGGUCAAACUACAUGACUUCUUUGAUCAUCCCCAAUCCCCGUAAAUCCAUCUCGCGUAAACCUAAAUUUCUAUAGUUCGGAAGUGUCGGCAUGAAAGAAUCCAAGGGAUGUUGGACUGUAGCGGCCAAAUUCAACAAAAGAUCAUUGAGGAUAUUCACACAAUCUGUGCAACACGCUACCGACAAAGGACUCACCUUCCUAGCUAAAAGACAGGGAAGUAAAAGAAUGGAACAAGCCACUAAAAGACAGAAGCAAUCACCUCGCACCACCCAGGAACGUGACCUAACGUGGGGCCAACUUGCGGGCGAUCCAAGGCUUUGGCCAGGUCAUGGUCAUGUGUCAAGAAAAUGGAGGAAUGCCAUUCCUCCCGGGAAUGUUUCCUUUCGCCCUACCAGGCGCUGGAACAUUACUGCUGCAAACCCCGAUGGCAGUGUCUCCCUUUUAGACAUCGGUUCCCCAGCGAUCACCUUUCCAGCCACAGGUGGCGAAGGGAGGGAGGCCGAGCCUGCCUGUACCCAACGCGCCCAGUCAAACCGUCUGGAACCCGCAAAAUCACGUGUUUCGCACCGAGAAGAAGAAGCUGAAAGCCAACCACGCGAGCCCGUGAGGAGUAGGUUGGCAAACCCGAGAGAUCGCGUCCAACGAAUGGAGGCGAAGCUAGAAAGACUGGAAAGAAGAGUGGAGGAUAAGAAUGACAAUGAGAAACCCCUUGCAGAUUCUCCGUUCACUGCAAAGGUCCACCUGACACCAUUUCCACGAAAGGUAAAUGUGGAAGCACAAAGGUUCACAGGAAAGGAGGAUCUCGAGAUUCACUUGCAUUCCUUCAACCAGAGUGCGACCAUGAUGGGGUGCACCGAUGAGGAGAAAUACCUUCUUUUCUUCCAAACCCUGCAAGGCCGGGCCACAGAGUUGUUCAAUAAGCUUCGCCCGGGAAGCAUUGACUCAGGAGUUGUCCGGCAAAUGAUUGAGAGUGGAGAACUGGGUAAGGAAUACCUGCAGAAGGCCCAAGAGAAGAACCACCCGUGGGUGAGGCCGGAAGCUCAGAAAGAGGACAGGAACGGAAACCGGAGAGGAAAUGAUCGGAAUAAAGAGCGGAGGCCGGCUCCAGAUAAAGAACACAUUGGGAUGAUUUUUGGUGGACUGGAGGGUGGAGACUCAGCCGCGGAGAGGAAUAACUGGGUCCGAAGCAUCUACGUAGGAGAGUGUCUUCUCCACCACACCAGAUCUAGAAAAUUUGGAGAUCCAUUUGUGCGGCAAGAGAUUCACCUUGGGUCUGGUUUGCUCAGUAGAGAAAGAGAGAGAUCCGUCGAUUUGGUGCGGCAAAGAGUUCCGUCGCUUGGGAUUUGUUUGGUGCGGCCAUCGAUCAGUAGCUGCGGCAGCCCUAGACCAGUUGCUGGGAAGGAUUUGGCUUCAGGGUUCCUACUUCGUAGACAACUAACGCGAGGCGCAGAAGCUGGAGACGAAGCCUACUGCUCAAACCGAAUCGGAAAGAGAGUGCCGACUGCUGAGAACGCCGCCGGUAGAGAGACGCCGCCGCCACUUCCUCCAGACGCCGCUGCACCCUCCAGGUUAUUUUUCACAAUGGCGGGACUGCCUAUAGAGAGCACACCGUCAUCAUCAUGCGCAAUAGGCAUAAAGCAAUCACCUAAAGAUCAAAGUGCUGCAACAGCUGUGGUGUCUGAUUCUAAGCCAAAAAAGAAGAUAUGUUGUGCUUGCCCUGAAACUAAGAAGCUGAGGGAUGAAUGCAUCGUGGAGCACGGCGAAUCUGCUUGCCAGAAAUGGAUAGAGGCUCAUCGGAUAUGCCUUCGUGCUGAGGGCUUCAAUGUUUGACCCUGUCCGCCGUAAUAAGUAUACCAGACUGAGGAUAUCAGCAGUUCCUUUGUCUAAUUCUUCUUCUCUAUUUUUGUGACUUUGGGGGGGGGGAUUUGUCCUUUACUUUUCUAUUAUCCCCAACUAGAUUCCAACCGGCGCGUUGCACGGGAAGAAAAUUAAAUUUUAUGUGUACCAAAAUAAUUUAUACUGUUAAUA